UGCAUAUUAGUUUAGUCGGCACUGGGCUGUUUGAUAUAAAGUAAGUGCGUGGUGUCGGUGCAAAUAGCGGAUUAUAUAAGGGAUUUGAGCCGCGACUGCAUUGAUUUUCCAUUGGUCAUGGCCCGCAUCGUUGAGAGCAAUUUUCUUUCCCAUCACUGUUGCCCAGUGACGUCGCCGACUUAAGAAUAGAGAUGAUGCCUGCCUUGUGACCUGAGGAAUGAGUGAUGUGGAUCGUCUGGUGGAAAAUCUGCGCCAUGCGCCGGUCCGUCUGCCCAAGGAGUUGGAGGUUCGCCAGCUAUGCCGCUCAUUGAGUGACUUGCUUGUCAGCGAGGCGAAUCUAUUGAGCCUGCAGAGUCCGCAAAUCGUAUGCGGCGACAUACACGGGCAGUUCGAGGAUCUGCUCCACCUGCUGGAACUGGGCGGAUCGGUGCAGCAGCAUCGCUACUUGUUCCUGGGCGACCUGGUGGAUCGGGGCAAAAACAGCGUGGAGACCUUUCUUCUGCUAGCUGCUCUCAAAGUGCGACAUCCGGCACAGGUUACCCUGUUGCGGGGUAACCAUGAGUGUCGCAGUGCCACUCGAUCCUAUGGAUUCUACGACGAGUGCCUUGCACAGUACGGCUCUGCGAAUGUCUGGAGGAUGUGUUGCCGUGUGUUCGAUCUCUUGCCGCUGGCGGCGAUCAUUGAUGGCAAUAUAUUUUGCGUUCAUGGCGGCUUGUCGCCGGAGAUCCAGCGAUUGGAUGAAUUCCGUAAACUGGAUCGCUGCCACGAGAUACCCGAAAGUGGAGUCAUAGCUGAUCUCCUCUGGAGUGAUCCCCAGGAAGCGCCUGGAUGGACGGCGUCGCCACGUGGGCAUGGAAAGCUCUUUGGCGGCGAUGUUGUGGAGCAGUUCACCCGCAGCAAUGGUAUCUCUCUCAUAUGCAGGGCUCACCAGUUGGCCAGGGAUGGCUUUCGGUGGCAUUUUGGGCAAAAGCUGGUGACUAUCUGGUCAGCACCCAACUAUUGCUAUCGCUGCGGCAACAAAGCGGCCAUUCUGCGUAUAAAUUCUGUUGGGGAUUACGAUUUUGAAGUGUUUGAAGCGCCGGCGCUGCACUCCAAGCCUCAGCCAAGGAAACCGAAAAAGCGUUGUCGUCAAUUUUUUCUAUGAUUUAAUCACGUCCUGAAUCUUAUCCCUAAAAUUAUUACUUUUGCAACCGGCAGAACCUACUAAUCACUACAAAAACUAUAUUUGCCAUUCCCAAAUACUCCUAGUCUCGUAAUCAAUAAAAUACAUGUACUCAGUAAAACAUCUA